AUGGCCGGAGGGAGUUUCUCUUCCUUUUCCCUUCUCCCGGGCGAGAUUCGAGAUCAGAUCUGGGACUUCUCAACACGUCCCAUCGGCGCCCGCGGAGUCCAAUACUUCUCAGCUUUGGACGCGUGGGACAACACCAGACCGAUUCCAGAAGCAUUCAAACGACACACCAUCAGCCGGACCUCAGAGAAUCAGAAUCAAAUUCUUGCAGCCCCCUUAGUAGGAAACGAGGCAUCUUGCCCGUCCUGGUACGACGCCAACCGGUCGACCUAUGCUAUCGAUGCAGGACUUUGGACCGCAUGCAAAGAGUCGCGCGCGGCAAUGUAUCGACGCUACAGGCAGGAGGAAUGGCUCGGCCUCCGUAAAAGACGACGCAAGCAUUACGACAACAAUCAGAUAGAUCUUUAA